AUGGAAGACAUCAGAAUGGCCGGUAGACCGGCUCCAAUGGCCGCAGUGCCAUCGUCUGUGCCGAAUUCCUCGCCCGUCGGCCACAGUUCAGCUCCGCAGCAGCAGCCGCAGCAGCAACAGCAACCACAACCACAGCAACAACCGCAGGAUCUAAACACCAGAUUCUCGCCUAGACGCUCUAUCUCUCCUCCAGCACAGCAUAGACGUGGCUACCAGGCCUGCGAUCCAUGCAGGAAGCGAAAAGUGAAGUGCGACUUGGGAAGUGUUGAUAACCCACGACCACCACCAUGUGUGAGAUGCCGCCGCGAGAGCAAGAGAUGCGAGUUCUCUGCCACCCGACGCAAGCGCAAAAUCUCGGAGGAGUCGGAUGACAAGGGAGCCAGCGUCUUGCGCCGGGACAAGCGGAUGAUGGUGGCCGAUGGAUCGGUCUCUCCCAGCAUGGACAGCGACAGCAUCUCCAGUCCCAUCCCCAACGGAGUAACUUCGCAUCCACGGGGCAGUCUACCUCCCUUCGAAAACGAUCCUCGACCUCACGGCUCUGCUGCGCAGCGUAAAUGGUCCAACGCCACGGCUCCGCCUCACCGCAUCUGCAUUCCGCCUACCGGUAUCUCUGUUCCUGCUCCUACCUCUAUCCCGCUAGACCAGUACCAUGCUCACCGCGCGAGCUUUUCUGGUGCUGUGCGUCCAACUUUACCGCCCCAUGUCCUCGAGAGUGGCCAGCAUAUGAUGAACAAGACAGCAGCAGAGCUGCUCUCCCCUGCAAUCAGCAAUACCCAUGACGCUCUACAUCUUCUAUCCGAAGCUGCCGGGAGAACAGAAGAUCUAAAUCGCCAGCAGCUGGAAUACCAAUACAAUGGGCGGCAAUCUUCUACUUCGACGUUUGCAUCCGUAUCCCCGGGUCAGCAGAAUGGCACGCCAGGUAGAGCCAGCAGAUCCAACUCGACAACGCAACAGGGUGCCGGAGCCAGCUGGUACAACCAGAAUAAGGGUGGCUCGCCUAGUGUCGAGGUCCUCGUUGAAGGCACAGACGCAGGUCUAAGUCCUCCCAGGGCAACCCAGGAUCUUGACUACAGCAAGGCCCGCAGGGCUUGGUCAAGGCUACGGUUUAUCCGUGCUGGCUGGUUUAGUGUGGAUGAAGCGAUGUCCUACAUCGAGUACUACUAUGAACAUCUUGCGCCAUUAACUCCAAUUGUCUUGAAAAAUUACAGCUCUCCAUCCACCCAUCUUACUCUUCUGACGGAAGAGCCGGUGUUGACUGUCACAAUGCUCACCAUUGCCUCUCGGCAUAUGAAACUCUCUGGUAACGGUGCUAAUUCACGAGCGUACUCUAUCCAUGAAAAGUUGUGGUCCUACCUCAGGGGUAUGAUCGAACGACUCUUCUGGGGUCAAGAAAAGUUUGGUGACUGCGGCGGCGCCUCAGCACCUAGGCAGUUUGAUCCCUCUAACCCACUCUCCGCUGGACAGGGGCAACGGGGCGGUGGCCAGCUAAGGUCCAUUGGGACCGUUGAAGCCUUGCUGCUGCUCACUGACUGGCAUCCUCGCGCCCUUCACUUCCCACCAGGUGAUGACGAAAACACUCUGCUCGACGUUGACCCACAGCAGCUCAAUUGCUUUGAUGGAGACGGUGACGACCAUUUCAAUGAUCAUCCCGGCAAGGGUCAAGGUGGACCAGGAGAAGGCCGCCUGGCUUUUUACAAAUGGCUGGAGCCUGUAUGGCGCUCUGACCGAAUGUCAUGGAUGCUUCUCAGCACCGCCCAGGCCCUUGCUUUUGAGCUCGGCAUUUUCGACCAGAAAAAUGACCUCCGUGCAUCUACCGAAUCCUCCUGUGAGAUGGCCAGAAAACGCCGUCUCCGCCGACUGAUUCUUGUUUACGUCUCGCAAAGCAGUGGUCGCUUGGGCAUCCCAUCCAUGCUUCCCCUCCCACAAUGGAACCAGAAUACCGAACCGCCUCGUGCAGAAGAUAUGCAGUCGCCCAACUUCCAUGAGGAUUACAUGAUUGACAUGAUGCAAGAUUGCUGGAUGGAUAUUUCCAAGAUCAUGUACAACAGUAACCAGGUUCUUUUCCUGUCCAAGGAACUGACCACCAACCUGAUCAAGAGUGGCCAAUACCGUGAUCGGAUCGAUGAGUUUAUUCCUUCUCUGAGAGACUUUAAGGCAAAACUCGACAAACUUUCGGUGCCACCCCAAAUGCGAAAUGUUUUAACGAUUGAAUACGAAUAUACCCGACUAUACGUCAAUUGCUUAGCUUUACAAGCCGUCGUUGAACGAUGGACUACUAUGAAUGAGGCUGGUUCAAACGCCAACCAUAAUAACCAUGCCAACGGGACGACAAACGGAACCGCCAAUGGAACUGGCUCUGGCGCUGGAACUGUUCCUCUCCAGGUCCUCCUAGAACAGUACGAAGUCAAUGAACCAUAUAUCCAGGAAGUAGUCGAUGCUUCUCGACGGAUUUUGCAGAUCGUACUUGAAGGGUUUGUUCCCGGGGAUAUUCUAAAGCAUGCACCAGUCAGGACAUACUUUAGAAUCCUUUCUGGAAUGAUCUUUAUUCUCAAGACAUUCACCCUUGGUGCCAAAGAGGAUGACGUGAGAAUAUCGCUCGAGCUACAGGAUCGGACCAUCGAAUGUCUCCGAACUUGUGUCGUGGACGAUGUCCAUCUCAGCGUUACGAUAGCAGAUCUCCUCCAGCUGCUCACCUCAAAUAUCCGCAAUCGCUUCUUGCGCUUUGCUCCCUUUGAUCGUGUAGGCGAGUCUGGAAGCAGACACCAGUCCCCUGUCCCAACAUCCGAGCAGGAAUCUCGCGAACAGCAGCAACAUCAGUCCAAUGAGCACAAUGACUACCGUUGGCAACAAAACCACAACAACGGAACCCCCAGCACCUCUGGCUUUUCAUUCGACAACCACCACCCCACCUCCGCCCCUCCAACAACUCAUCAUGACCCCCUAGCCAACAUCCCCGUCCAGCCCAUCAACUCUUCCAACAUUAACGUCUCUUUCAUGCCCCCUCCUCCUUCCGUGUAUUACAAUUACUACGACCCUAGCUCGACCUCACCCAAGAUGGAAAUGGACGAAGCCUCGUCUACUGUUGCGCCCUCGGCUAUCAACACAAGUGCCCCAAGCAGCAAUAACACCACACAAGCAAACUCAAACAGUAUGUCAGACUGGUUUGCCCUCCCACUCGAUCAGUUCUUCAACAGCUCUACAGCAGGAGUUGACCAGGGUCUCGGAGGCACUGGCCCAAUGGUGGGCGAAUUCGACAUGUUGGAAGUCCUGCUCAAAGAGCAAUAUACUGGCGAAAACAGUGCAAACGGGACCAGCACCAAUGGCCCACCCCCUGUUGCUGCCGUUGCUACAAACGGCAGUGGAAUGACAUCUCAUUUCAUAUAA